AUGUGGUUUAUUGCAAUUUUAUUAGCAAUCUUCUCACUGUCAUCAUCAUCCAACUUGCUGGCCUCAGCAGUUGACAAGAAGUAUGAAAUGAUAGGAGAGCCAAACAAUCCCAUGUGUUUUGCUUCCAAACCUACCGCAGUACUAACCAACAUACGCUCGUUACUGGAAUGUUCUUCCAAAUGUUCUCACUAUGUUUCUCCAACUGAUGGUAAUUUCACUUGCGAAGCAUUCAACUACAUCUCCAACAAUGCUAGUCAUCCAGCUAAAUAUUGCCAACUGUUUCAUUUUAUUAACAAGACAACAACCAACUUAUCCAUAACCCUGAGCAAAUCCUGUAACAUUCCAUUCACCUUCAACGGUGGAUUGCUCUACUCUUGUUCCAACUCACUACCUGGCGUCAACAAUCCUUGUGCUCUCUACAUGUGCCUCACUGCUAACAGGCAGUUGUCCAUCUGUGUUGGUGAUCAAAUCAAUUCAGAGCAUGAAAAAUAUUCCAUCAACGUUUCCGGAUACUGUAGAGAUAAGAAUGAUGUUAUGAAUAAUCCAGAUUCCUUUCUUGUUCAAAAUGAGAUGAAGUUCACAACUCCCGAUCAGGAUAACGAUGAGUGGGCCAACGGUAAUUGUGUGCUUCAGUGUGUUCAUCAGGAAAUUGGUUCAAUGUCUGUGGGUGUUGGAGUCAACUGCGACUCCUUCAUUCAACAUUCUCACACUCCUGGCCCCGGGUUCCAACUCUCUGAACAUUUUUUCAACUUUUUCUUCACAAUUUUAAUUCAGAUAUUAUCUAGCUCUAACUGCUCAAUGAAUACCAGUCAAUGUAAUUGUUUUUCUUAG